AUGAUGAAGAGCGCACCUCUCGCACCAUGGCGCAUGGCGCGGGUACGGCCUACGGUACGGCCCACUAUGCCUGUAGCCUAUGUGCCUACACGUUCGUUCUUCGGUCUGUUCAAGCGCAAACCCAAGGUGGAGAAGCCCGCCGCGCCACCGCCUGUGCUGUCCCAGGACAAUUUGUUCCAUAAACUCUCCGAGUCGCCCAUACCCUCGAUGCGCGCGCGUGGCGAGCGAAUUCGAUCCUUGGCGCCUUGCCCUGUUAGUAUGUCCAAGUACGGUGUGCGUCGUCUCGUGAAUUUCGAGUGUCCCGAUUGUGGAUGGCCAACGCACUACUCGGAAAAGGAAUGGCGUGAAGAUACAGAGCAUGCUCGGUACAUCCCCCGGCUGCGAGAGGCGAACGAGGAUGAGCAUGACCUACGAAGCGGUCGUCCGAUGGCGGAAUUUCAGCUUCCGCGCGAGCAACCGCCGGAAGCCGCUGUCAACUUGUCAGGCUGGGAUCAGUUCUUCUACACUCGCAACUUCCCUUCGAUCGAGUCAGAGCGAAGCAAGCGCCACGUUUCCAAAUUGCUUACAUUCCCUAUGACCAUUGUCGGCGCUCUGCACGAGCAUAGCCCUUACACGCGCCGCAGCUCGCGCUUAACUCACGAAGGUCUGCGCUCUAUUACACCUCUUCGUCAGACAUUGCAUCCCGAGAUUGGAGCACGUCCACAGCUGGAUCCUGUGCGUAUCUUUGUGGUGGGUGCGCGUGCGGAGGCCACGCUGCCGCCGGACGUGUGGAACCAGAUUUCGUACGUGUUCCCUCGCGUCCCGAUUCAUGUGAUCCUCAUUGGGCCUGAGGCUUAUGUGCCCCCGAAGACUGUGCCACACCCGUGGAAUCACCCGCUGUACAAGGAGCGCACUGCGCCUUUCCCCUUCCCGUCCCGCAGCAUCGCGGUAUCGGAAGGUAUGACACUCACCGUCGUCCAGACGACCUAUGAGACAGUUCACUCGUUGUUUGAGCCGUUUGAUCCGUAUACGGAUGUGUUCUUUGCAUUUGCUCCUGGCUUUGGCUUCCCUAGUGUCAUUGCGGUGGACGAGCAGGCGCGGUUGCGGGCGGAGGAACGCGAUGAAGAGCGCAAGAUGAAGGCGGCGCGUGACACGUACCAUGCAAAGAAUGCCCUCGAAGCCAACGAGGAGGCCACCGCUGCGACGCCUUCGGCGCAUGCACCGCAAGGUGAAUUUCGCCCGACGGAAGUGAUGAAGAGCCCAGCCGGUGGUGAUGUCCCCUCGGAUGAGCCAUCACCUGCUGUGGUGGCGAUGGGCCAUGGCUUUACGUCGCUCCAGACCGCUCCGGUGGUCCAGGCGCAGCGUGAGUGGGCGCAGGCCAUCGGCCAGAUUCUCUCGACACGCUGUGCCCUCUUUGUGUCUGGCUUCUCGCCGGCGGAUGUCGAGCGUGAUGUCCUUGCCUUUGAGUCGGUGGAUGGCGUGAGUGGCGAAUUUGACUGGCUGUUGACACCUGGCGAGAAUGCGUUUGCAAGCCAGCAGUGGGCGAUUGCCGACUUUGAUACACGUGUGGCUGUAAAGGCGAACUGGGGUCUCUGGGCCGUGCGUGGUAAGCGCUACGAUAUCCUAGGUCCACAGUGGGAGUAG